AUGGCACACAGUAGUAAUGAUUUUGACCCAUCUAUAGAAGAUUUUACCACAGAAUCAAUUAGUUUUGAUGUAAGUGAUGUAACUAAUAUUCAACAGACAAUUGAUUAUUUUCAAAGUAAUGACAAUUUGAUAAGUGUUGAUAUUCCAGUAGUUGAAGGAUAUAAAUACCCUACUGAGGAUUUGAUAAUAUUAAAAAAAUUAUUGGAUAAAUGGAAUAUGGGGUGUGUUUAUCAAACGGGCAUUGAUAAUUUAAUUGAUUUAAAAGUUCUGACUUACAUGAAGGCAGAGGAUGUUUAUAAGUUGCUAGAAAAAUUUCCAUUAGGAAUCUACAUUUUAUUUCGCCAUGAGCUUGAAGAAUGGCAAAAAGAUGGGAAUUAUAUUUCUUUAAAGAAUAAUUCAAACCAAGGGAUACAAAAUGUACAACUAACAUCAGAAAAAUCAUCAUCAAUGCAGUCAAAAUUACCUUGUAAAACAAAGAUAGAUGAAAUAUUGAAUUCCUCUCCACAGGGUCAUUUAAUACUAGAGUAUUAUAAGCAAAAUAACAAAUUUAAUGAUGGGAUAAGGACUACAUUAGUAGACAUUGUAAUUGGAUAUAUUAUUAGCAAUAAUAUACCAAUGUCAGUUAAUGUAGCAGAAUCGUUGUCGAAUCAAAUUGUUGCCAUGUUCUCCACAGAAAUAAAGGAUGUGUAUUUUUUGAAAGUGGGAUCAAAUAAAAAUCCUAAGGGAAAGCUUUACGCCAAGUUCUAUAAUGCCAUGAGAACUCUAAAAAAUAAUGGGCUAGUUUCCCCUGCAGUCAAAACCGUUAAAAUCGUGCAAGAAAUCAAUAAAUCAAGAUAUGGAAACAUUUGGACGGAAAGAGAUUUUACAUCAGAAAAAAACAUAGAUUCAAUAUUAGAUGUUUUAAAAUAUAACACAACUUCAUAUCCUGAUUUAGAGGAGAAUUGGAAAUCAACGGUUAAUUACCGGUUAAAUGAUAUAAAAAAAUCAACAUCAACAGAAGAGAUUUUAAAAAAUUGGAAACAGUAUUUGAUUCCAUAUGGACACAAACUAAUCGACAUUGACUAUAGUGCCCUAUUUCCUGAUCAAAAUGUUUACAUUGAAUUUGAAAAAAAAUCUGAUAAAAUUUACAACAUUCUAGGGGAAAAAGUAAAGGAUUCCAGCUGUCUUAAAAUAUUAGACCAAAUAAAAACUGGCAACAAUUUAAAUGAAAAUGUAAAGAAUGCUGCUUUGAUGUAUUUGUUACAUGGAAUGUUUGCACCAACAUCAAAAAAAGUGACAAAAGAUGACAAAGGUAAAAAACCUUAUUAA